UAGAGAGGGAGGAUCACAGCCCACUUAGGAACAAUACCGGAGAAGAAGGAGCCGCGACCCCAGAGCAGGCAGAAGUUCCAGGCAUGUGCCUGGGGUGGAUCUCCUGGCCCUGAAGCUGCACCCCCACCCUGAGGAUUUCCACUCCAGACAGAAGUCCACUCACAGGGAGAGACGAUGCCAGCUCAGUUCCUGCUGCUCCUGCUGCUGCUCCUGGGGGCCCCCGGGGCGGGCCUCUCCCACAAGUUCUACAGAGCCAGGCCCGUCUUCAGCUUCCUCAGUACUACACUAGCUGAGGUCAAGAAGAGCCAGCUGGAGGACGUGCCCCUGUUGGGCAAAAGGAGCUUCCACUACCUGCCCAGUCAAGACCCAUCUUCAGGAGAAGAGAAGGAGGAGGAGGAGGAAAAGCAAGACAAGGACAAAAGGACUUUUCCAGGCUCUGGGGGUGGGGGUGGAGCUGGAAACACCCGGUACAAAUACCUGUCCCAAGCGCAGCACAAGGGGAAGCUGUACCAGGACAAGGCCAAAAGCGACCGGCGCACCAAGUUCACCCUGUCCCUCGACGUUCCCACCAACAUCAUGAAUAUCCUCUUCAACAUCGCCAAGGCCAAAAACUUGCAGGCCAAGGCAGCUGCCAACGCCCACCUGAUGGCGCAGAUUGGGCGGAAGAAGUAGAAGCAGAGACUGGACGGGAGGGUAGCA